AUGAGUUUUAGUAUACGCAAAGAUUAUCUAAAUAAAAACAAAGACGCCGUGACCACGUUUAGGAGAUGUAGUUACUUCAAGGAAGAUGUGAAACGCAAGUACGAAGGUGAUGUGAUGCCAAAAAGGAUACGAGCACUGACGAAAACAGGGUGUGAAACUAAAAUAGUUAUCGUGUUGCUUAGAGGGAUAAUGAAAUACCGUGUGCAUGAACUUGUCUUAGACCAUAACCAUGAGUUGCACAUUACUCAAUGUUCGCACAUGAUGCCAUCACAAAGAAAAGUGAGUGAGGCUCAAGGAUUCCAAACUGAAAUAAAUGAGGAUGUUGGGAUUUUAUUGAAACAGAGCCAUGAACUUAUGGAAAAGGAGGUAGAUGGGAUGGGUAAUGUCGGAUAUACUCGGGAUGAUCUUAAACGAUAA